CUCUCCCCUCUUCCUUUCCCGCUUUUUGCCUCCCCCUCUCCUCGUCUCCUCCGCCUCGCCCCUCUCCCGGUCCCGGCUAGGGUUUCCGCCGCCGGCGACGAGGAUCGGGAGGACCGAUCACGCCGCCGCUUCGUGCUGAGUGACUGCAUUCUAUGGAUCUUCAGGAGCAUCAUGAGCUCAUAUUUGGAGAGGAGUUCUGCUUUCCUGCCACCACAACUUACUAUCCACCUCUUUAUGGCCCAACUGGAAUUAAUGUGCCUGCCCAGUUGUAUCAGCACCAGACAAUCUCGAGAUGUGACAAUCGAGCUCCAAAUUAUACGGGCCACCAGGCUCAAGGCACAUCAUACAUGUAUUAUGUUAUCCCUGAAUAUGGGAUCGCUCAUUCUCCCCAUGGACCUCACCUUUUGCACCCCUGUGCCAUAGGUGAUGGUAGUUCUGUCAGAACCCAAGAGUAUCGCGCUGAAACUGUGGAGCACACAUACCAUCAACCAGUUCCUACACCCCACUAUCCUGCCCUUCCAUCUGCGGUAGACAGGACCCCAGCUACCACCGCUCAAUCUCUUGCAUACACCAAUGGCCUGUUUGUCCCAGGUGGACUAAAGCAAACUGUAGCUGUUGCCUCAGAAAGUGGUGUUGCGUGGAAUCAAUCUGUACAACAAGCUACUAUUUCUUCAAUGGGAUUUCAAGGCCAUACUUUUCUACCAAAGGAACAACCGCGUUGGCCAGCUCCAUGGAAGCGACAAUUCUCUGGUGGGUCCAUGGUGCCAGCUAGACUUCCUCGUGCUCGACGGGCAUCACAGCAGUCUACACAAGUGGCAGUUCCUUCUGUCCGGUCUUCUCUGCAGACUAAUCUGUCAUACAACAAUGAAGUUUCAAAUGUUGGAUCUGACCAUUGUAAGAUGUUGUCAGCUGAGAGAUCCCAACCAUAUGCAAGAACCAUCAGCUAUGCUAAUCGAAGGUUGAGUUCCGUGAGUCAGCAGAACAUAAGUAAAGCAAAAAUGCCAAUAGGUUCAUUGUCCUCAGAAAUAAUUGGAAAAUCCUAUACAUCAAGGCUCCUUAUUGGCAACCCAGAGGGUAGAAUAAUCAUUAGGACUGAUCAGUAUAACAGAGAUGAUUUCCAAGUGGUGUAUACAAAUGCAAAAUUCUUUGUUAUAAAGUCCUACAAUGAGGCUGAUAUUCACAAAUCUAUCAAGUACGGUGUGUGGUCGACAUCCUCUGUUGGAAACCUGAAGCUGGAUACUGCAUUCAGAGAUGCUCAAGUGAUAGCUGCAAGUAGUUCUACCUUGUGCCCAGUUUUGCUGUUCUUUUCGGUCAACGGAAGUUCACAUUUCUGUGGAGUUGCUGAGAUGGUUGGCCCUGUUGACUACCAAAACGACAUGGACUUUUGGUGCAGGAAGAAUAAAUGGAUUGGCAGCUUUCCUGUAAAAUGGCACAUCAUAAAAAACGUACAUAACUCCACCUUCCGAAGUAUCUUGCUGCAGAACAAUGAAGAUAAACCUGUGACCAGUAGCAGAGAUACACAAGAGAUACACUACACUCCUGGAACAACUAUGCUCGAACUCUUCAAAUAUACCAGAGCAGAGGGAUGUGUGCUUGAUGACUUCAUGGUGCAUGAGGAGGAGGAAGCAAGGAGUGGACAACUCGAGAGGUUUAAGCUGCGCCAGGGUGCUCCACAUUUUAUACCUGCUUGGCAUGGCCCUUGUACCAAAAGACCUAUGCUACCCAAAUCAGACAGCGUGCUGAAGGACAGAAUUGUCAGUGAGACAAACAAUCUGACAGACAAGCUACAGAAUCUCAACUUGGAUGGGCACCAGAGUUCAUGUCAAGAAUUUGGGAACCGGACUAGCGAAGCUUCCACCACAAACACACAGAAAGGAAGCCAUUGCUAUGGAGACCAGGUUCUUGAUAAUCCUGUGAAGGUUAUUGCUUCAGACGUGAAAUUUGCUUUGGAUGGAGAACGACGCCGCUGGAAGAAGGUUGAGACCACCCCAACUGAAAAGCCGCAACCAGAAACUGUUGCCAGGGUCUCGUCAAAAGCACCACCUAGGAAGCAUCGAAAAGAAGGUAAAAAUACAUUGGUGCACAGUGCAUCAGGAGCUCCUGAGAUGACUUGUGAAGAACAGAAGAUCGUUGGGAAGCCCUGUUCACCUGCAUACGGUUCAACGCCAAGUCAAGCCUGCUCAAAACCCGUGCCUGGUGUUGUUGCCAUUGGGUCAAUGCUUAUCCCAAUUACGACGUCCAUUUAGUAGACCGAAAAGCAUUUCUGUUAAUCCACUCAUAGUAAGGUCCCGGUAGUAAAUAGCACAGUUCUCUUUUCUGACUUUGUGGGUUUGUGAUAACCACGGAGUAAGCGGCCUUCAGUCUAAUCUGGCAAACUAGGAAUCACUUUAUCUUAGGAUCUGGAAGGUUAAGGUUUCCUUUUGACCCUUUUAAGCAUGGUUGUUCCUUUUGAAUCUUCAGUUACCAUGUUUGAACUGGUUACCCUAGUCUCUGAAGAGGAAAGAUGCAAGAUGUGGUGGCGAUGUACUGAUGUGCUUAAACUUCUGUUGAAGUGGAUAGCAGAAUAAAGUCGGAUGAUCUUGCUA